AGCAAAGAGUAAGAGUCUUUACUCUUUGCCAUAGGUUUCAUUACAUAAAAAGAAUUUUAUUAACUACAUGUGUUUUCGGUAAACAUAGAGAAAAAAACCGAUACGGUUUAUCACACGUAUUUUCUUAUUUUAAACGCGGUAAUGAUGCUACAACUAACUCAAACUUGACUAAAAACACCUAAUAAAAUGUGAAAGCCGAAAUUAACUAGUUUACUUACCUAAAACAAAGAAAAUUUGGAUUAUAAAACUUCGUACACACCACUUCAACAACGCUGUCGGCCAUUUGUAAUUUCUCAAACCGAACAUCAACGAACAAGUUGGAAAAGACCAAUCACAACAAAGUAAGAAUCACAUGGUUAAUAACUGGGGUUUGUCAAAAACAACUUGGGUUUCAACGCAUGCUAGAUUUAUUUUACUGUUGCCUGUUGUCAAAUUCCCCUUAUACCCCCCUUAUGUUCUGUGCGGUGUGUGUUGAGAGUGACGCUGCGGCCAUUUUCUAGUUUCUAGUUAAUUGUUAAAAGGUAUUUUGGUCACUGGUUUUUUAUCGGGCGUCCACGGAAAAGUAACAUCCUAAGGGUUCAAGUAAAUUGUAAUGGAGAAGCAAUGGAAAGUUGUUCAGUUUAACAAUGAAGAGGAAGGCCAGAGUAUUGAAGUUGUACCUUCAAGAUGGAUUAAUGGAACAGAUUGUUUUUGGCCUCCAUUUGAUAAUAGGAAAGACGUAGAAAGCGCGAUAAAACAUUGUUUAUCACCGCAAGAAGGUACCUGGAGGAAGUACACAAACGUUGUAAGUAAAACCAGAAGUUAUGGAAAAUUUGCAACGGCAUCUGCUCGUGCUAACAAAGUAGUUGCUCUUUCGGAUAUUGAUAACAGCGAAUCCGAAAAAUUACCUGCAAAAAGGACCGUUAAGAAAAAUUUAAUAUAUGCAAACUACUCCUUGAACGCCAAUGAUACAUCAGAAGAGGAGAGCGGAAUAAAUCCUCAAAUACCGAAGUUUCCUAUGUUAUUAAAGAAUAAAAAAAUAGGCGUUGAAAAAAAAACAGAACAAGCAAACAAUUCUGUAGGAGGGGCCAACAACUUAAAUAUUAAUAAUCAAAUAUUUGACAGUCCCAGUAGUAAAAAAAUUGACAGUACAAAGUCGAAAGCUCAGAAAUCCAAUACUCAGCAAUGUGACAGUCAGAUAUCAAACAGUCAGAAAUUUGAUGAUCCAAAAUACCAAAGUCAGAAAUUUAACAGUCAAGUAACGACUGAUUUUACCCAACUUAAACGUGCCACUCAUAAAACAGUCGUAGAAGCAGAAGACCGCGAUGAGGAUUACUUGGACCUUCUGCCUAGUGAUGAUAAUAAUGAUAGUGAUGCUCACUACGUUUCAGAUCAUAAUUCUGACAUUGAGGUUGAACCAGUUCUAAAUGUCGCAAAUAAAACAUUCGUUGGUGAACUUCAUAAUAAUGAAGCAGCAGCUAUACUGGAGACGGAUCAACUGGGUGACAACAACAAUAUUGUUCUUAAAAAAUUAGUGAGGCAAACAAUUUUGAACAACAGAUUGAUUAAAGAACAAAAUUAUAUGUUGAAGGAAUUGAUCAGUAAGCUCAAUGCCGUGGGUCUUAAAAAUAUGGAUCCUGAUGAAGAACAGUUUUUGCAACAAUUUAAGAAUACUUUUCCCAUACUAGAGGAUGAUGUUCUUCGUAAUACAAAUCAACUUUUGUAUGAAGAUGACAAAUUUUAUAAGUACGCGGUUAAAAUGGUUUCUCUGGAAGGUGGCCAUACCAUUAGUGAAUGUGUAAGAAAAGCCAUGAAAACCAUACUCGAUGAUAAUUUGGCAAACAGCUACAGCUUCAAAGGACACAAAGCUAAAAAGAAUUUUACCGCCCAUAAACAUUUUGUAACGUUAAUUAUAGAUUGCGUAAGAAAUCAUGUGCCGCAAGCUACCACAAAGGAAAUAGAGGAUCAAAUGGCAGUCUGGCUGACCAAAGCAAAAAGAAGGAUGGAAGCGCUUCAACAGUAGAAAUGUGCAAUUCCAAUUUAUACAGGGUUACUGUAUUACAGUACCAAAGAAUUUGUUUUUAUUUCGUUAUAUAUGUAUGUAUUUUAUUUCGUUAUAUAUGUAUGUAUUUUAUUUCUUAUAUAUAUAUAUAUAUAUGUACAUUGUAUAUAUAUGUAUAUACACAUUGUACCCAUGUACUACAAUUGCUUUUAUUAAACUAUUUAAUAUGAAGUUGUCUUUAUGUCCAAAAAGGUCCUUAAAAAUAACAAAAAAACCCGAAAAUUCUUUCAACAUUCCGGCCUACUAAAUUUUAAUAAGACUGGAAUAUUCCCAGAAUCAAUUUUAAAAGAAAUUAUGGAAUAACUUAACAAUAUUUGAAGGGCAGAUUCUGGGAAUAUAUUUUUCACCAUGCUAUGGAUAAAUAAAAAGCGGACAUUUUUAUAUAUCAGGAAUAUUCGUGGGAAUAUUCUAGGACGUUUGGAAUAAUCCUAAAAAUAUUCCUGGAAUAAUACUGGAAUAGGACUGUGCGGUCUGGG